GGAUCAGCACAUGAAAAAAUUCAGCCUCAGCAAUCCUCGGCAUCUACGGGUAGCAACAGUGCUCCACAAAGUGCUCGACAGCGUCUAGCUAAAUUAACAGCAUCUCUGAUUGGUGGCAUCAGUGCGGAUACUUUGGAUUCUGUAACCAGUCCUACUGAUGCUUCUGGCUGCAUAACAGUGAAGGAGCUAGAGGAUCAACUGAUGGGCGUGCGUAUCCGUGAAGCGGACACAGUUGCGGAACUGAAAGAAAUGCGCCAAAAAGUAAUGGAGCUGGAAACACAGAAUCACGUAUGUACAAAUCAACUCAAGCGUCAAGACGAAGAGUUGAAGAGGUUGCGUGAAGAAAGAGACCAGAUUAUACAGAAAGCAGAGAAAUGGACUCAUUCUCAGUUGAGAGGAAGUUCGGUGUGCGAUUUGGACGACGAAUCUUCCUCGGUUGGCGCAAUUGGGUCGCAUAUGAGCGGUGACGCUGUAUCCAUCAACAGCGAUGAGCUGACCGCAAUUAUUGCUGAUUUGCAAGUUCGGAUUCCUGAACUGUCAAACGAUGAAGCGAUUCAGCUUCAGAAAAUUGAGGAGGGAAGUGCAAAGGGCACUACUGUUUCUCUCACUAGUAAGGAUCGUGGGAAAGGAAGGAUAUCAGGUGUUGCUCCGGUUGAAGAGGAUGGAAAUGAUACGACGGAUAGUGGUUUUCAGUUGAGCGAUGCCUCAUAG